UCACCUUUCCCUCCCUCCUACAACACUGAAAAUACUACCGUUCCUUCGGCCGCUGGCCCAGCCCUUGUAGCACUUUCUUACUUUGGGUCAACUCUCCCGUUGGUAAAUUACACUCAGCGAAAGUUUCGUGAAUCGUGGAAGUACUACAGCAUAACCAAGCAGCUAUUCCUGUUGCAGUCGUCUUAUUACUUGCAUGGAAUCUGUGGAGUUAUUGUUUUCACAUUGUGGUUUAUUCUCUAUAAAGAUGAUCCGCAGCUCUGCAAACGGGUUUCCAAGAAGGAGCUGACUUUUAUUCAGAAUGACAAAAGCGUCGAUCACAUCGAGCAUAAACAAGAUGUACCCUACAAGGCUCUGCUUACCAGCCCAGUGAUUCUUUGUGUUUGGUUCAACGCGUUUUGUGAAAUGUCUUCGAUGAUCAUGCUCUCCACAUAUGCUCCGAUCUAUUUCCGUCGUAUAUUUGGAUUCGCAGUGGAAACUACUGGUGUUCUGAUCUCACUGACUACGGUGGCUCAACUGCCCUUCAAGCUCGUCGCCGCUUACUGCAGCGAUCGGAUUGUG